GGAGGCUGGGGGCGCCCGAGCGGCCCCGGGCGGCUGCGCGCAGGGCCCGGGCGGCCAGAAGCGGCCCCGGGGCUGGGGGAGUCCAGCCCGGAUAUUGAGUGCAGCCAUUGAGAAAAGCCAAACUCUUGUGUGUGUGCGUCUCGAAUAGCCCCCAAGAUGGCCGCCAAUGUGGGAUCGAUGUUUCAAUAUUGGAAGCGAUUUGAUCUACGGCGACUCCAGAAGGAGCUUAAUUCCGUUGCUUCUGAGCUGUCUGCGCGGCAGGAGGAGAGUGAACAUUCUCAUAAACAUUUAAUUGAACUCCGCCGGGAAUUUAAGAAAAAUGUACCUGAGGAAAUCAGAGAGAUGGUGGCUCCUGUACUAAAAAGCUUCCAAGCUGAGGUGGUGGCCCUUAGUAAGAGAAGUCAAGAGGCGGAGGCCGCUUUUCUGAGUGUUUACAAGCAGUUAAUUGAAGCACCAGAACCUGUGCCUGUAUUUGAAGCGCCGCGUGGCCCAGAGGACAGACUGCAGUCCCCUAGCUUCGACUCCAGCGGGCAGCCCCGGCGAGAUCUCCACAGCUCGUGGAAGAGGCACCCGGAGCUCCUUGGACCCAAAGAGCAGAGAGAGAGGACGUCCCCUGCCGGGCCCACGCUGACCGAGGGGAGCCACCUCCCUGGCCUUCCUGGCAAAGCCCUCCUGACAGAAACCUUGCUGCAAAGAAAUGAGACGGAGAAACAGAAGGGCCUUCAAGAAGUGCAGAUCACUCUGGCAGCCCGACUGGGGGAGGCGGAGGAGAAAAUCCGUGUCCUGCAUUCAGCGCUAAAGGCCACCCAAACAGAGCUCCUGGAGCUGCGGCGGAAGUACGACGAGGAGGCAGCGUCCAAGGCAGAUGAAGUCGGCCUGAUCAUGACCAACCUGGAGAAAGCAAAUCAGCGAGCCGAGGCUGCCCAGCGCGAGGUGGAGAGUCUUCGAGAACAGCUGGCCUCCGUCAACAGUUCCAUCCGCCUAGCCUGCUGCUCCCCCCAGGGACCCGGCGGGGACAAAGUGAACUUCCCACUGUGCUCUGGUCCGCGGCUGGAGGCCGCACUUGCCUCCAAAGACCGGGAGAUCGUGCGGCUGCUCAAGGACGUGCAGCAGCUCCAGAACUCGCUGCAAGAGCUGGAGGAGGCCUCUGCCAGUCAGAUUGCUGACCUGGAGCGGCAACUCACAGCCAAGGCCGAGGCCAUCCAGAAACUGGAAGAGAAGCUCCAGGCACAGUCAGACUAUGAAGAAAUUAAGACAGAACUGAGCAUCCUGAAAGCCAUGAAGCUGGCCUCCAGCACCUGCAGCCUCCCCCAGGGCCUGGCCAAGCCUGAGGACUCACUGCUCAUAGCAAAGGAGGCCUUCUUCCCUGCGCAGAAAUUCCUUCUGGAAAAGCCCAGUCUCUUGGCCAGCCCUGAGGAGGACCCUUCAGAGGACAACUCCAUCAAGGACUCGCUGGGCCCAGAGCCGGCCUUCCCCUCCCCUCCACAGCUCCCCCCACCCCCAGGCCCGGAAGACCCCCUGUCGCCCAGCCCUGGGCAGCCCCUGAUGGGGCCUGGCCUGGGAUCUGAUGGCCCUAGGACUUUCUCGAUGUCCCCCUUCCCCAGCCUGGCCUCGGGGGAGAGACUGGCCGGGGACUUGCUACUGUCCAAGCACAUGAUACCCCCGGCCACCUUCAAGGGAGAGGCAGGUGGCCUGCUGGUGUUCCCACCAGCCUUCUACAGCACCAAGCCCCCCACUGCCCCCACCACCCCAGCCCCCGGCCUGGAGCCACCCGGAGCCGCAGAGCCAGCGGAUGGGGGCGGCACGGCAGGGACAGAGGAGGAGCAGCUGGACACGGCAGAGAUCGCCUUCCAGGUGAAGGAGCAGCUGUUGAAGCAUAACAUCGGCCAGCGUGUGUUCGGCCACUACGUGCUGGGGCUGUCACAGGGCUCGGUCAGCGAGAUCCUGGCCCGGCCCAAGCCCUGGCGCAAGCUCACGGUGAAGGGCAAGGAGCCCUUCAUCAAGAUGAAGCAGUUCCUGUCAGACGAGCAGAACGUGCUGGCCCUAAGGACCAUCCAGGUGCGGCAGCGAGGCAGCAUCACCCCAAGGAUCCGCACGCCGGAGACGGGCUCAGAUGAUGCCAUCAAGAGCAUCCUGGAGCAGGCCAAGAAGGAAAUUGAAUCCCAGAAGGGGGGUGAGCCCAAGAACUCCACGUCCCCAUUGGGUGUCACCAACAGCUCAGCCGCCACCAGCACCUCGGAGGACGCCAUCAAGAAUAUCCUGGAACAGGCACGCCGCGAGAUGCAGGCCCAGCAGCAGGCCCUGCUGGAGAUGGAGGCGGGCCCCCGGGGCCGCUCCUUGCCGCCCUCUCCCCCAGAGCGGCCCUCGCUGGCCGCCGUAAGCCAGAACGGGGCCCCAGCCUACGUCAAGCAGGAGGACGGCGGCAGUGGUGGCAGCGGUGGGGGUAGCAGUGGCAGUGCCAUGCCAGCCUCACUCACCGUGCUGUCCCCCGCCGCCUUCGUGCAGAGCAUCAUCCGCAAGGUCAAGUCGGAGAUUGGCGACGCCGGCUACUUCGAGCACCACUGGGCCUCGGACCGCGGCCUGCUCAGCCGCCCAUUUCCCUCCGUCUCACCCUCACUCUCCUCCUCCUCCAGCUAUUCCAGCCAGCCCAAUGGGAGGGCCUGGCCCCGUGGGGACGAAGUGACCGUGGCCCCUGAGGACGAGGCUGCCACGGGUGAAGACGAGCCCCCCCGGGUGGGCGAGCUCAAGUCUGAGGGGGCUGUGGCCGAAGCGGGCGGCGGCGGGCGGCUGGCCUAUUACCCAGCCUAUGUGCCUCGCACCCUGAAGCCCACCGUGCCACCCCUGACCCCCGAGCAGUACGAGCUGUACAUGUACCGCGAGGUGGACACGCUGGAGCUGACGCGCCAGGUCAAGGAGAAGUUGGCCAAGAACGGCAUCUGCCAGCGGAUCUUCGGGGAGAAGGUUCUAGGUCUGUCACAGGGCAGCGUGAGCGACAUGUUGUCACGGCCCAAGCCAUGGAGCAAGCUGACACAGAAGGGGCGUGAACCCUUUAUCCGCAUGCAGCUAUGGCUCUCGGACCAGCUGGGCCAGGCCGUGGGCCAGCAGCCCAGUGCCUCCCAGGCAAGCCCCGCUGAGCCCAGGUCCUCACCAUCGCCACCCGCUAGCCCCAUGGCACCUGAGAAGAGCUCCCAGGAGCCCUGGAGCCUGUCCCUGGAGAGCAGUAAGGAGAACCAGCAGCCCGAGGGCCGUUCUGGCUCCUCCACCGGCGGGAAGGUGUCCUCGGGAAGCCAGGCCAUGGGAGGCAUCCAGGAGAUUGUGGCCAUGUCUCCGGAGCUGGACACCUACUCCAUCACCAAGAGGGUCAAGGAGGUCCUCACAGACAACAACCUAGGACAGCGGCUGUUUGGGGAGAGCAUCUUAGGCCUGACCCAGGGCUCCGUGUCUGACCUGCUGUCCCGGCCCAAACCCUGGCACAAGCUGAGCCUGAAAGGGCGCGAGCCCUUUGUCCGCAUGCAGCUCUGGCUCAGUGACCCCCACAACGUGGAAAAGCUGAGAGACAUGAAGAAGCUGGAGAAGAAAGCCUACUUGAAGCGCCGCUAUGGCCUCGUCAGUACUGGCUCGGACAGCGAGUCACCAGCAGCGCGUUCUGAGUGCCCAAGCCCGUGCCUGCAGCCCCAGGACGCGAGCCUGCUGCAGAUGAAGAAACCGCGUGUGGUGCUGGCACCUGAGGAGAAGGAGGCGCUGCGCAAGGCCUACCAGCUGGAGCCCUACCCCUCGCAGCAGACCAUCGAGCUCCUCUCCCUCCAGCUCAACCUCAAGACCAACACCGUCAUCAACUGGUUCCACAACUACAGGUCCCGGAUGCGCCGGGAGAUGUUGGUGGAGGGGACCCUGGACGAGCCAGACCUCGACCCAAGUGGGGGUCCUGGCAUCCUACCACCAGGCCACUCCCACCUGGACCCCACCCCACAGAGCCCCAAUUCUGAGACUGAGGAUCAGAAGCCACCUGUGAAGGAGCUGGAGCUUCCAGAGAGCUCUGAAGACAGCAUCACAUCCCUGACCACCCAGGACAAGGCCCAUGUGACGAUUAAGCAAGAACAAAUGGAGGAGGAUGCUGAGGAAGAGCUAGACGGCCAGCCCCCAGAUGUAGGGGAGCUGGACAAAGACCUGGGUUCCCCCAGAGAGGAGUGCCUCAGCACCCCAGAUAAUGAUGGACUCCCAGAAGUGGCCUCAGGGCCCCUCCUUCCAGAUGCCACCAUUCCAGACUGUCCCUCACCACACCUGCAACAGGAGACCGAGGCUGGGGAGCGGCUUCACCCAGAACCCUUGAGUUUCAAGUCGGCCUCGGAGUCCUCGCACUGCAGUCUUGAGGUGUCACUGAACUCGCCCUCAGUGGCCUCCUCGCCAGGCCUUACGAUGUCUUUGUCACCUGUGCCCUCCUCCUCAGCCCCUAUCUCCCCAUCCCCACCUGGCGCGCCCCCUGCCAAAGUGCCCAGUGCCAGCCCCACUGCCGACACAGCUGGAGCCUUGCACCCCAGCACCAAGGUGAAUCCCAAUUUGCAGCGGCGGCAUGAAAAAAUGGCUAACCUGAACAGCAUCAUCUACCGGCUGGAGAGGGCUGCCAACAGAGAGGAGGCCCUGGAAUGGGAAUUCUGAAGGCAGGAGUGAGGGCAAAGAGACAGGCACAUUAUUAUGGUCACCUCCCUUCUUGUUCUCUCAUGUCCUGGUAGAGUGGAGCUGAGAGAAAGGAAUCCAGCCUUCAAAAUGUGGACAGCAAUGUUAUGCCGUUUAUGUUUUUUGUUGUAUCCUAAUUCCAUGAAGUUGUGAGAAAGCCAGUGGGGCACAUGCUGUGGCCUCCUUUUGCGGCACCCUCAGCUGUGGUGGGGGUUUAGGAGGUGCACCAGGAAUCCUGCCCAUCUUCUCGUCUCCUCAGCCCUCCAAGGAGGCAGGCACAACUUGGCACCACAUUUUCACCAGAAAUCUCCAAACUCUUUUAGAAAAAUAAAUAUUUAUAGACCUCUUUUAGAUAUUUUAAUAAAAGGAUCCUUUGGAAUUUAUUCCCAGCCGACGCUGUUUUGAUAUUACAGAGAGUUAUAAAAUCAGGAUGCUGUCACAACUGUUGCGAAGUAUACCUGGAAGUUGUGUCGUUUUUUGCCACGAGAUGAGAUUAAAGAAGACAAUUGUUCAAAGCCAUCACAAGACGCUAAGAGACUGACCAAAACUGAGAUACCCUUGGAACUGUGAUUCUUGCCCACACCUAUCUGUGACACACAGCACAUAGCCACUGCCCAGACAGAACCCAUGCUGGUAGGACAAAGUCCAAAAGACUCUAAACAGGAAUCACAGUGCUGUCCAAGAUGCACUUCCUCCCAGCAGGCUCUGUGGCCACCUCAGUCACACGGAGCAUCCAACCCUGCCCCAGAUGUUCUGGACAUGGUGUGGCCCACAAGGAACCAUUAACACUCCCAAGUCAGAGCCCCGUGGCCUCACAAUGACCUGUGGUUCUGGAUCUUCUGGAAAAGCUGGGCACUGGGGCAAGUGCUUAGAAAGCCCAUCCCCUGACCUGCACCUUGGCCAUAACCUGGGACGCAUUCCCACUGGUGUCUGGAUGUGAGCAUCCCAGAGCAAGACUGGGGCCACCCUGCCCCACGUUACCCUGUCAUUCCACGUGCACUGAAGCUCGACUCGCCUCACAGCACCAAAAGAUGGAUGGAUUCUUCAGAGUAGAGUCCCACCUCCCUUCUCCUCCGCUGACGCUGGCGCUGUGCCUGGAGAGCACCUGCAGCCCAGAUGCCAAUUCCCAAGCAGCCACCUGCCCCUCACGUGACCUGCAUGGGCACCAAGACCCGCCCUCCCGGCAUCAAGGUCUCCACUGUGGAUGGAGUGGCUGCCCCAUCAGCUGCUAUGCCUCUCUUUCUCUUACUUUCACUUUUAUUUCCUUUUGGAAACCCUCUGGGAAGACUGACCCAGGUGGCUCCCAAGAAGAACAAUGAAAAGGUGAUUGAGCGUGGUGCCCGUCCAGUGUCAGGAGAGUGAGCCGAUGGAGGUGAAGUAGCCCCAAGGGGCCAAGCAAGGACCAUUCCAGAAAUCCCAACUCCCAGCCCCCAGCCCAGGCUGCAGUCCCCGCGCUGACCAGUCAGCAACAGGCCCUGCAGGAGAACCUGCCCCUCCAUGCGCCCAGGCUAUGCAUUGCAGAGUUUUCCACUGUAUACAUUUUUACCCAGAUGAAGGUAUUUUUAUAUUCUGUCAGUAGGAACAGUGAGCAGUUCUCAGAGUGGUCAGGUCUGGAACAAACGAGACACCAUUGCCACCAUAGCAGGUGGUGGGGGGAUUGGGGGGAGACGCAGCACUUUUUAUUCCUGAAACGACCCGGCGUCAGAGCCCUGGCCUCCAUGCUGACAGCACUGCCUGGUUAGCCACAGGGGGCUUUGGUGCAGUGGGAUUUGCUGAAGCACUUAGUCCGGUCUCGAUCACAUGAACCCCGUCGCACUUAAAGCCAGUAGAUCCAUGAACGGCUCUGUCGCAGUCACAUCCCGUAACAGUCAAAAACGAAAGCCCACACCAAACCAUUUCUAUGAGAUUGACAGACUUUGUUUAAAAUUAAAAAAAAAAAAAUGCGUUGUCACCGAGCCGCUAAAUACAGAAUUGUAUAAUACAC